AUGAUAUCCAAUAACAAUGGACUGCAGUUGCUACAACAACAACAGCAGGACCAGGAUGUAAUGCAUCCUGCAGAGUACUUUGAUUAUACUUUGGAUUUGAUCAAGCAGGUCAUCCUGGAAAUAAAGACCCUGAUCGUUAUACAUAGCAAUGACUCUGACAAUGUUGACCGUCUGUUGAAUGACGCCUCAAUCUCUGCCAUCCGUAACAUCAACAAUGUGAUCACACUCCUCGAGGAGUUCCCAUUCUCCCUCGAUGGAAUCGAACAACAUCACAGCUAUCUCCUGGAAUCCAUCAAGAACCUAUCAUCAAUCAUACAACAACUGAUUGAUACAUCAAAGGCGAUCUUGCUCAAUCCGUAUGAUUUCCUCACAGCCACCAACUUCAAGACGACCAAGUCGCAAUCCAUAGAGUAUAUAAGGAUUGUGUUGAGCGCAUUUGAAAGCCUAAAGGUGACAUUCAUUCAAGUGUUGGAGGAUGAGGAGUUGGCAUCCACACCCAACAGCGUAUCACCUACCGCCAGCAGUCCAGACACUUCUUCGCCAAGGUCACCCAUUCAGCAGCCCCAGUACCUGGCCGUCGCAACCACCUCUGGAUCCAGCAGCCACGGCAACAACACAAGGGACAAAGAUGGCCGCCCUAGACUCUCUCCACAGAAUAGCUCACAGGAUCUAGACAAUGAGGUGUGCAUCAAGGUUGAGAAGUGCGCAGUCAACUUGAUACAUAACAUCAACAAGCUCACCGAAGCAUGUAUCGAGGAGGACUUCAAGGGUCUGCUGGCCGCAGUAAAGGCCAUCUCCAACGAUAUAACAACCAUAAGCAAGGAGAUGAAGAUACAAAAGUUGGAGUACAGUCUUAAGGACUCAGCAACAGAGGUCAUCACACUGUCCAAGUUGGUGCUCAAGAAUAAGAAUGAUCCGCAUUAUGUCCAAGAGCUGGAAGUGGCCGUCGCCAAACUGAAUGACAAUAUCAAGAAGGUGAUACACGCCACCAAGCACAACAGCAUGCAGCUUAAUGCCUCGACGACUCUGUCUGAGGAGCUUGGUCUGGACACUGCAUCCAACGACUCUGACUCGCCAAAGAUGGAGCGCGUGCCACCACUUGUACGCGAGCGAUCGCUCAAGACCAUCGAGGAGGAGAAGAUGCUUGAGUUUGAAAAGGCUCGCAAGGAUAGGGAGUUGGAGCAGCAGGAGGAGGACCGCAAGAAGAAGGCCGAGCAGGAAAGGAUCGACAAUGAGAACUUGGAGAUGCAUAUCCUGCGACUGGAGAAGGAGCGUCUGGAGAAGGAGCGGGUUGCAAAGGAGAAGGAAGAACGAGAGAGAUUGGAGAAGGAGCAACAAAAGCGUGAGCGUGAUGAGAAUGAGCGAUUGGAAAAGGAGAGACUGGAGAAGGAUCGACAGGAAAAGGCCAGACUCGUACAGCUGGACCAAGAGCGCACAGAGAAGGAGCGUCAGGAGCGCGAGAAGAACAGUGUGGUGCGCAACAGUGACAUCAAGGACAAGUUGACCAAGAUUGAGAAGGAGAAGAUUGAGACACGCAAGAGUCCGUCAAUCUCAGCAGCUCCAGCUCCAAGCCCCAGCCUCACAACAUCGGGCUCCAAACAGUCCCAGCAGCAGAAUGUUCUCACGCCACCAACAAGUCCAACAUCUUCCAAACAGAUGUCACCUAUGGGGAGCGAGUCGCCAUCGAUGAGCGACUCAAUGGACAAGUCAAAGUCGGGUAAGGAGGGUAACAAGACGUUUGGCAAGUUCCUUUCAAAGAUCGUUCGCAACAAGAAACGCCAGCCAAUGCCAUUCGACCAAUCAUUGUCGACUCCCGCCUCCCCAUCAUCCCCAUCCUCUCCACAGUCUGGUGCCACCUCUCCCUUGGUGGAUUCGACCAAGUCCCGUUCAGUGUCGACCCCGGUCGUUCCGCAGAGUAACAGUGUGACAGUCAGUGUGUCUGUUCCCAAGGUAUCGUUCAGCCCGUCCGUGGUGGUCGAGCCUGAGAAGACAGUAGACAGCCCGCGACUUUUAACCACACCCGGCCGUCUGCCACUGCCCUCUUCGCCAUCCAAGAUGUAUCUACGCAAACAGACAGAGCGCUCAUUGAACAUUGGCAUGGUCAAUGGAAAGCCAUCUCCCAAGGACAGCUUACAAGUGGCUGCCGCCAAGAAGGCCGCAGCACGUCGCUCAACACAAUACUCAAUCGAUCACUCAGUGGCCACCAGCCAGAUAAUCAACAUUCUGAUGAAGGAGUAUCCAGAGUUUGCCAAGCAAUCAGAGGCCAACUUAGAGAGCACAUCCGACAAGAUACUCGCUGUAAUCAAGAAACAUGCCGAGGAGUGUAUAACUAACAACAUGUCUCAGCCUGGCGCUUCUGGAAAUGUGCGUGCCUCACAGAUGGUCAUCAACAAGCUGAACAACAUGCGACAAGAGUUGGCCAACGAGGCCCACAAUGACAGUCAAUACCAGACGAUGACGUUGAGGUACAAGAUGACUAGGAAGCUAUCUACUAUCAAGAAGAAGAACGCACCAGGCACUCUGCUCGAUGGAUCCACCUCGCGAACUGCGGCCCAACAGCACAUUGACAAGGUCAAUCAAGAGCUAGUGGGCACGACCACUCAGUUUGUUGAUGAGAUCAUCGAGUUGGUGGACAUGGCCUACCAGUUCUCGACUGACCCCACCGAACGUGACACAUCCUCGCUCAAAGACCCAGUCGAGAGCGUGUACAAGUUGUUGUCCGUGAUGCUUGACCAGGCUUUGGUUGUAGGUCGCAUCGAUGAGAAGUCAUUCCUCUCGACGCAGAUCAAGAGCACCAAGAAGUUGGUCGAUAGUUCUAUGAGUCGUGGUCCAGGCAAGAUCAAUGCGUCCAUCUACUCUUGCGCCACGACUAAUCGCCAGUUCAUUGAGCGCAACUUGGACAGGUCAAUCGUCGAGCAAUGUAACGCCGUCCGCGUCGUUGCUAUUCAAAUGACCACCAUCAUCAUUGGUAUUUCAUCCAAGCCAUGGGACGUCAGCGUUCAGCUGCAACUCUUUGCCACAGCCAACUCAUUCUGCGAGGGCUUUGCCAAGCUCUUGGACAACAUUGCCAACAAGAUCUUUGUUAAGGCAUUGCCCAAGGCACCCACCGCUGGAUCCGAGUCUGACGACUUGGAGGUCGACCUGGCCGAGCCCGAGGACGACGAUGUGAACAUCUGGAAGGAGAACUCGGCUAACCUCAAGAGCGAGUGGAUCUCGGACGAUGGCAGCAAGACUGGCCGUCUGGUGCUAAAGUCUGGCUCGUUGAACAAGUUGAUCGAGUCACUCACAUCCGAGAAACCCUAUGACAACAGCAAGUUCACCCGCACAUUCCUCAUGACCUACAUGUCAUUCACGACACCUCGCAAGCUGUUUGACAAACUUGUACAGAGAUACACCGUUCCCGAGGACAGGGACAAGACAUUCCGCGAGAGUGUUCAGGUGCGUGUGGCAUCAUUCAUCAACUCAUGGGUGGAGCGCAACUUUGGCGACUUUGACAGCAUUCUGAUCGAUCGCAUCAAGACCUUUGCCAACAAUCGAUUGCUCACCGACGAGCAUGGCGACCUGGCCAGACUGUUGCGUGCAACAAUCGAUCAGCGUGUGACCGAGGAGUCGGAGCGAUCCAAGCAGCUGAUCAAUCAAUCAUUCCCCGAGCCCAUGAUUCCCGAGGGCCAGAAAUCGCCAUCUACCUUAUUGUUGUUGCUCAAUGAUAGUGAGAUCGCCAGACAGUUGACCAUCAUCGAAGCUGGUAUAUUUGGAAGGAUCAACCCUAGAGAGUUCCAAGAGCAGAGUUGGAGCAAGGAGCAUCUCAAGCCACUCUCGCCCAACAUCAUGGAUCUCAUCAAUCGUGCCAACAAGUUCUCAUUCUGGGUUGCCAGUCAGAUCCUCUGGCAAGAAGAUGUCGAAUCACGUGUCAGAGUAAUAGAGAAGUUCUUGAAUAUUGCCAAGUUCUUGCGUGAGAUGAACAACUUCAAUACAGCACUCAACAUAUUCGCAGGAUUGAAUCAAUCCAGUAUCAAUCGUUUGAAGAAGACCUUUGCUCAGGUGUCUCAACCAUCAUUGGCAAUUUACACCAGCUUGGAGAAGUUGAUGAACUCAACUGGCUCAUACAAGACCUAUCGUCAAGCUCUAAAGGCUGCUACUAACCCAUGUCUACCAUACUUGCCUGUAAUAUUGUCAGACUUGACAUUUAUGGAGGAUGGUAAUCCGGAUAUGAUUGGUAACUUGAUCAAUUUCCAGAAGCGUGAGUUGAUCUAUAGAGCUAUCUCUGAGGUCCAGACCACUCAGCAGGUGAAGUAUGACUUCCCAAUAGUGGAACCAAUCCAUACACUCUUGUUGGAACUGCCUUCGUCCUCAUCCGAUGAACUAUACCAACUCUCAUUGAUGAGAGAGCCACGUGAAGGCAACAACACAGGUGGUAGUGGUGGAAGCUCAAUGUCCCAAUCACAAAAGAAGUAG